AAAGACCCCAGCUUUUAUUUUCUUGUCUGCCAGACAACAAUCCUCCAUAAAUAUACUCUUUCUUUCUUCAUUUAGCUUUACUUCUACCAUCACACUCCAUCUAUACACCACUCUCCUCCUUUUUUUCUUGAGCCCUGUGUUUUCCCUGUAAAAGCUUCAAUCUUUGCCGGAAAUUUGACUUUCCAUCCAUUUUCCGGCAAUUUCUCUUCAUCUUCAACCUCAUAUCUCUAAUGGGUUAAUCCUAUUUUUCACUAAAACUCUUAAAACCCACUCGAUUUCCACCAUUGUUACACCAUAUAAACAAAACCCACAAAAAAAUUCUUAAAAAACAGAGAAAGAUGAUAACUUUAUUGGAUUUAUACCAUGUUAUGACAGCAGUUGUUCCUCUUUAUGUCGCAAUGAUCUUAGCUUAUGGUUCAGUAAAAUGGUGGAAAAUCUUCACACCUGAUCAAUGUUCAGGAAUCAACAGAUUUGUUGCUCUUUUUGCUGUUCCUCUUCUAUCCUUCCAUUUCAUAUCAACAAACGAUCCAUAUUCCAUGAACUACCGUUUCAUUGCAGCAGAUUCAUUACAAAAAAUCAUAGUUUUAUGCAUACUUUUCUUAUGGGCUAAAAUCAGUUCAAGAGGUUCACUUGAAUGGUCAAUAACCCUAUUUUCCCUUUCAACUUUACCCAAUACUCUUGUAAUGGGUAUCCCUUUACUAAAGGGUAUGUAUGGAGAAGCUUCUGGAACAUUAAUGGUACAAAUUGUGGUUCUACAAUGUAUCAUUUGGUAUACUUUGAUGUUGUUCUUGUUUGAGUAUAGGGGUGCAAGAUUAUUGAUUUCAGAACAGUUUCCUGAUACUGCUGGAUCAAUCAUUUCAUUUAAGGUUGAUUCUGAUAUUAUGUCAUUAGAUGGGAAAGAACCCUUAGAAACAGAGGCAGCCAUUGGAGAAGAUGGGAAGCUUCAUGUAAAAGUAAGGAAAUCAACAAGUUCAAGAUCAGAAGUUUUUUCAAGAAACUCCCAUGGAGUUUCACUUACUCCAAGACCAUCUAAUUUGACAAAUGCAGAGAUUUAUUCCCUUCAAUCAUCAAGAAAUCAAACCCCAAGAGGGUCUAGUUUCAAUCAUACUGAUUUUUACUCAUUUGUGAAUGGUAAGGGUUUGAGUAGUGUGAGUCCUAGGACAUCAAAUUUUGGGAAUUUGGGGUUUGAUGAAGAGAAUGGUGGAGUGGGCCCACAGUUUGGGGGCAGGAAUGUUGGUGGGUACCCGGCCCCACCAACUGCUGGGAUAUUCUCUCCUGCUGGUGGACCCAAUGUUGGAGGAGGUGGGGUUUCAAAGAAUGUUAAGAAGGGGGAUGGUGGAGGGAAAGAUCUUCAUAUGUUUGUAUGGAGUUCUAGUGCUUCACCUGUUUCUGAAGGUGGUCUUCAUGUGUUUAGAGGUGGUGCUAAUUAUAAUCAUGAUCAUGCUGCUCUUCCUAAUACCAAAGAUUAUGAUGAUUAUGGAAGAGAUGAGUUUAGUUUUGGAAACAAAAAUGGUGGGAAUGGGCCUGAAGUCGACGGUCCCACAUUGUCCAAGCUGGGUUCGAGCUCAACCACCGAGCUUCGACCUAAAACAGCCGUUCAAGGUGAACCGAAACCGACUGCAAUGCCUCCUACAAGUGUCAUGACUAGGCUUAUAUUGAUCAUGGUUUGGAGGAAACUCAUUAGGAACCCUAAUACAUACUCGAGUCUCAUUGGGCUUGCUUGGUCUUUGAUUUCGUUCAGGUGGCAUGUUGAAAUGCCUGCGAUCGUGGCUAAUUCGAUCAAAAUUUUGUCUGAUGCUGGGCUCGGGAUGGCUAUGUUUAGUCUCGGUCUUUUCAUGGCAUUGCAGCCAAAAAUCAUUGCAUGUGGGAAUUCUGCGGCUUCUUUUGCUGCUUUAGUAAGGUUCAUUACAGGACCGGCUGUAAUGGCGGCUUCAUCCAUUGCCGUUGGGCUUAGAGGAACUCUCUUACAUAUCGCCAUUGUGCAGGCCGCUCUACCUCAAGGCAUUGUCCCAUUCGUGUUCGCCAAAGAAUACAAUGUUCAUCCCGCCAUCCUCAGCACAGCGGUAAUAUUUGGCAUGCUGAUAGCAUUACCAAUUACAUUGGUAUACUACAUCUUACUUGGACUUUUUAGAUAAAGAAAAAGGAAGUAGAAGUAGAAGCAGGAAAAGCUACAACAAGAGAGAAAUGCUUAAGCAAUAAGCAGUGCCACUUUACAGUAGAUUCUCACCUUUUGCCAGUUUUUUUUUUUUUUUUUUUUUGUGGACCCACUUUUGUAAUUUAUCUAACUGGUUAAUUCAAGGAAUUAGAAAAUAUUAGGAAGGAAAAAAAAAAGAAAAUCAGGGUAAAAAGAGACAAUUUUCUCUUAAAAAAAUUAAAAAUGAAAAA